GAGCGACGAAAAUGUAUUUUUAGCGCGCGCGAUCAAAUAGGUGCACGUGGAGGGGCGUGGUUCUGAUUCUGGUGUAUUGCGCAUGCGCAUGCGCCACACUGCAGUAUAGUAUGGCGUCGUUGGUGCGGACGGCAUUUCGGAAGGAUCUUUUCCUCGGGAAGGUAGCGAUCGUGACUGGCGGGGGCACGGGGAUCGGGAGAGCCAUCACGAAGGAGCUGGCCGAGCUCGGAUGCCGUGUCGUCAUCGCCUCCAGGAAGAGAGAGACACUCGAGUCUGCGGCCGCGGAAAUCAACCACACUCUCUCCAAAGAUGUGGGCGGGGCUGCAUUACCACCGCUCCGUGUAUUCCCGUUUCAGUGCAAUAUCCGGAGCGAAGAACAGGUGGAAGCUUUGAUGAAGUAUGCGGUGGAAAAACAUGGUCGAAUAGACUACCUGGUCAACAACGGAGGAGGGCAGUUCAUGAGUCCAGUUUCAGAGAUAUCGGCCAAAGGUUGGCACGCCGUAAUCGACACAAAUCUCACUGGAACCUUUUACUGCCUCAAACAUGCUUAUCAUGCCUGGAUGAAGGACCAUGGAGGCAGCAUCGUGAAUAUCAUUGUCGAUAUGGUCAAAGGGUUUCCAGGGAUGGCACAUACAGGUGCAGCGAGGGCCGGAGUUGAAAACCUCACAAAGAGUAUGGCACUCGAAUGGUCUCCCAGCAAGAUUCGCAUCAACUGCAUUGCCCCUGGAGUCAUAUAUUCAGAGACGGCUGCGGCCAACUACCCAGACCCAGAGACCUUCAACAGAAGUCUCCACAUCAUCCCAGCAAGAAGACUGGGCUGUCCUGAGGAAGUAUCAGGUGCUGUGUGUUUCCUGCUCUCGCCGGCAGCUGCCUACAUCACAGGCUGCACCAUACCAGUGGACGGAGGCCAGGGAAUCUACCGCUCUCCUUGGGUCAUCCAGGAUCACGAAGGUUUCCCAGUCGAGCUGCACAGUGAGGUGGCGCUACCUCCAAAAGGAGAAGCAACUGAGCCAGGACCUUCAGAAUUCCUCUUUAAGGCCCUCGCCGAACUCUACAAAUCAAAACUUUGAAUCUUUAGAUUUUUUUAUUGAUGAUUGAGUGUACUAAAUAUGAGUGAAUUAGUGUCUGCAGGACAUACACAAUGGCUGUUCGAUAGUAUAUAUACACUUGCUACUGUCGUCUAUUCAUUGGUACAUUCAAGAGACUAUAUGUGACAAACUUCGCACCUUACAGACUGUGCCGGGCAUGGUUUAUGAGUACACAUGCACACAUAUAUACAGUGGUCCCAGGUUUUGGCUGGCAAAACAAAGCUAGAGUGUUAGAACUUUGGUCUUUCGUCCUUCAGCUGUCCGUAGUCCACGACCUUCAUAAACUUUGUAUGCUGGUUGAAUUGGACAUUCUCGUUGGGGUGAGGGUUUGUUGAGCGGCGCCACGAUACGUCAAUGUUGCGUGUGCUGGACCUGAAGAUCAUGGCACUGGCCAGCGCGGCUCCAAACACCGUGAUCACGGCCACCGGCCAGAUCUAAAGUGGGGGACAGAGAGGAGAGGUUCUCCUAUAGUGUGUGCGGAGCUCUUGGCGACUUACGUCUGGCCUUGUGCUCAGCGUUCUCAUGAGACUCAUUCUUUCUUCUUCCACACACAGCGCGCAACAAAAUGGCACGUGACUUAACCAUGGAAACACGUGAGAUCACGUUAGACCCUCGCGCGCGCCGUCUUACGAGCAUGCGCAUAAACCUAGUGUUUUAGCUAGCUAGCUAUUAUAUAGAGAGCUAGCUAGCUAGCUCGGGGGUGUCGUGAAAUUUUAGCUAUGCGCCAAUGACCACGAUACAUGUAAGGAGUAAUUAACCAAUGUUUGCACAUAGGAAACUAUGCCCAUAAAAAUACUUAUGAGAACCAACAAUUGAAGCAAAAAAGGAGGGGAGACAACUGAGGCCAAAAAAACUACAGCUGCGGCUGUUGAGCGAUUUAGCACUAGGUACCAGUAUAGUAUUAUUGGAGUCUGUUCUGAAGACUGUCUGUUUAAAACUUUGGUACUUCGUCCUUCAGAUGAUCAUAACUUGCAAUGUGCAUGAGCU